CGAAUCAAAGCUGUGUCGGCGAUCAUUUGGAUACUCACAAACUAACCUCGUGGCCAGUGUACGAGCAUUUGAAAUUAUUUCAGGCAUAUUGGUGAAACUUAGUUGAACAUAGUCGUAACUAACGCGCUAUCGUAUAGCGUUCCAAAAAGUAACAACUUAUACAAUAAACUAGUCAAGUGCUUCGUAUACAAAAUUUAAAUUAACCAGUUUUAUAAAGGCUCUAUUAAAAAUAAUAGGCUUAUCUAUAAGCAGGCGUCGUAAACAAUACUUGUUAGGUUGCCAUGGCAACGGCAAGCAUAACAAAAUAGGUGACGAAGUUUUCCAGUGUUUUGUUUUAAUUAAAAUGUCGAAGACCAAGACUGGAGCUGUUUGGGAAGACAGAGAGGUCCUUUUUGAUUUGCCUUUCGCAUAUUUAAGAUUGAGACCUGGUGAGAAGAUUUUCGAUAGGAUCGAACCGAUUGAGGACACUAAAGGCAACAGUGGCACUAAAGGACGCAUGGUAGUGACCAACCUGAGGAUCAUAUGGCAUUCCAUGGCCUCCCCGAGAAUUAACUUAUCUAUUGGUCUCAACUGUAUAUUGUCAACAAAUACAAAAGUCGUGAACUCGGGCCUUCGAGGGACGACACAGGCUCUGAAUGUGUUAGCAGCGUACAAGACUAAUAGAUAUGAAUUUAUAUUCACAAAUUUAUCGCCAAACUGUGUGAGGCAUUACACUUCUGUAGCCGGAGUAUUUAAAGCCUACGCUGGCUCCCGAAUGUAUCGAGACCUCAAGCUAAGAGGUGCAAUUAUCCACAACAAGCAUUUGAGAAUGCUGCCUCUAGAACAAAUAUGUCUAAGCGAGCACAGUAUUUGGAAUCUAUCGAGUGACUCCGGAAACCUCGGGACCUUGGUGGUCACAAACGUUAGAGUCGUCUGGUUCGCGGACAUCAAUGAUGCCUUCAAUGUAUCCAUGCCUUACAUAACCAUCGAAAAUAUCGCCAUCAAAGACUCAAAAUUCGGGGAAGCAUUAGUGUUUGUAGUGCGUCCAACAUCUGGAGGUUACGUGUUGGGGUUCAGAGCCGACCCUCGUGAAAGACUGCGUCCUUUACUCACUGAAUUAAAAGCACUACAUCAAGCUUAUACUGAAAAGCCUAUAUUCGGGAUUGAAGUUACUUGGAAUAAUGAGAACACAAGACCAUCAACAGACGAUAUAGAUGAACUAGAAGAAAUCGGAGAGCCUCGAGGGGAAAUGGGCCCCAACUUAUACCUAGCAUCACAACUAGCCCAAAACAAAGGCGAAUCGGAAAGCCCACCAGUCUAUAGCCCUUAUCUAGGACUGGCCAUAGAACCACUGAAAGAAGGAUUUACUUUAAAGAGUCUUUUUGAAGUACAGUCUUCUUCUUAAUGCAACAUUGUUAUAAUAUAUUUUUUCGUUUUUACCAUUGUAUUAUAGUUCCAAGUUAUGCGUUGGCUGUGAAUAAAGUAUCGUUGAAAUAACUUGACAUAAUUAUUUAAAUACUUACUUACUAAUAAGCAUUAAAAAGUUACAAUCCCAAGAACUAAUAUUAUUAAACAAGAACAAUGCAGCGCUAAAAAGGCUGGUAUUUAAAGCUGAAUGACCAAAUAACUAAA